GGGGACAGCAUGCCAUUACCGGCAUCUGGCGAGGCGUCGAAGGAGCGCCAUGGUCUGAAGGAAUGCGUAGGCGGGACCGUAUCGCAUUGCCUGUUGUCAUCUAAGGAUCUGGACUUGACGCCACGGUUCACGUAUACUUGAACACAGUGUGCCGUCCACAAGUCGUGCGAAUAUCGAAUAUUGCCUCCUGCUGGAAAGCAAAUCAACCAGGGCUCUGCAUCCACGGCUUCGACAACACGUGCUCUCGGAACUUCGAGUGGGCUCUCGCUUCAGAACUCCUACUUUGCACAGCCUGCACCUAUCGAGGCCUUACUGUGUGUCGGAAGGGUCACACCCGGGAACUCAAGGCCGACGAGAGACCAAGCAGUGCGCAUGACUCCCAGAUCCCGGUGUGCUGUCGCUCUCUAGCGCCCUUGAUCGAUGGCCAUGGCGAGCUUCACCGCCUCCAAUUACCAAGAUUCCCCCCCACAAGGCAAUCCUCACUCCCGAUCCCAGAUCGGGAUCGCCAAGCUCAAGAACAGCUGCGAUGCAUGCACCGCUGCGAAGGUAGGCUGCACGAAAGAAAAGCCUUCCUGUGUUCGCUGUGUCAAGCGCCGCUGUAGCUGUGUGUACAGCACGACAAAGAGGAUUCGCCGUGUACCGCUUCCCAAAGGGUCAACAUCGACAUCCAAACCUACAGCAAAUGAAGAAAGGCCUCACAAUGGUCCCGUCAAUUCUGCAGGGCACACUCCAGAGAACAUCACAGUAGCCCUUCCACAACAAGACUCAAGUCAUGACUCAGUGUUCUUCCCAACUCCAGUCAGCAAUGAUCAGGCUCCAAACUGGAUGCUAUCAGCAACCACCACUUCCGACACUUUUGCCAAUUUACUCACCCCAGAUGAGUCGUCCUUGUUCGACCUUCCAGGCUCUGUUGCAGCAGAUUGGGAAUCUGAAUUCGAUUGUCUGGGAUCUUUGGCGGUGCAGGAAGCUUGCCAAGGCUCUGGCAUGACCGAGUCAUCGAUCUUCGAUCUCGGUGACAGCAUUCUUAGCGGCUACAGUUCUGCAGGUACCGAUGCAGGAGUCAGUGGACGUGAGAGCAGCGCCGGCCUAUUACCUUCAUCAAGCAGGACCUCAAUCUUUGGCGAUACGCAUAUGGUGCAGGAAGACACUGCAAUGGACAUAUUUGGUCCAAAUUGUGGAACCUCGUCGUCCGAGAACGCGCCCGAUAUGUCAUCAUCUGCACCGGAAGUGCGCUCUGAAUCGUCCUGCUCUUGCCUUGUGCGCGUUUCGGCACUGCUUGCUCGCAUCUCACCACCAUCACGGGUCCAUAACUCUGACUCAAGGACAAAGACCAAGGGAACAAGGUCACAGCUGGAACUCGAUCACGUAUUGGAACAGAACACGAAAGCUCUGGAAUUGGCCAAGGAAUGUUUGCGCUGCUCCUGCGUGACUGAUGGGUACACUUUGGUCCUCCUAUCGCUUGCAGUUUUGGCGGUCUUGAAUCGAUACACGACAGCCGCUGCAGACAUCUUGGGUGGCAGCGCCGACGCCGAUGCUUUGGGGAGAAGACAAACCCCGCAGGCAGCUGUCACGCAGAGCAGUAUUACCGAGGCAGAGCGUCACAAGGCCAGUCGGCGUAUACUAUCACAACUUACGGCGCUUCAGUCAAUACAAAGAGAUCUGAGCGAGCGAUUCAAGGGCGUGAAUGAAGCCGAAGCAGGAUUACAAUGCUCAAAGCGCCCGCUAAAUGACCGGUCUCGAGAGGGUGCUGUCGCCCUGCUGUCUCUUCCGGCGCUAGCCGCGCCUGUGCCCUCGGUCGUUAUUCAACAGCUGCAUACUGCCAUUCGAUCUAGGCUUCAUGAAUUAUCACGCGCUAUCAUUCAGUCGAUUCGCGGCCGCUGAAGGGCUUCCGUACUUCCCGUAUCAUAUCCGAAGUGUUGCGCUCCCAAGAUACGAUGUGAGAGGAAUAAUGGCAAUGGAACCAGCGCUGCAGAAGAAACCACAACCCGCCCCCGGGAUCUAUAUUAGAAAAGCUACGACCUUGCUACAAAGCGAAAUUAGAACUGGCUCAAGCCAUCUACCAUAUCCGUAUGUCGACUUUACUCUACAAUACAUCUCAUUGUCACCUUACUCC